GUGUACGAGGAGCUGCAGGCCAUUGGCGUGGCCACCGUGUACGAGGAGCUGCGGGCCAUCGGCGCGGCCGCCGCGGAGCCCAAGGUGUACGAGGAGCUGCGGGCCAUCGGCGCGGCCGCGGCGGAGCCCAAGGCUCGGCGCAUCCUGGCCGGGCUCGGCUUCAACCCCGAGAUGCAGAACCGGGCGACCAGGAAGUUCUCGGGGGGGUGGAGGAUGAGGGUCAGCCUGGCCAGGGCCCUGUUCAUGGAGCCGACGCUGCUGAUGUUGGAUGAACCCACCAACCACCUGGACCUGAACGCAGUGAUCUGGCUCAACAAUUACCUCCAGUCCUGGAAGAAAACCCUGCUGGUGGUUUCCCACGACCAGGGGUUCCUGGACGACGUCUGCACAGACAUCAUCCACCUGGACUCCCAGAGGCUGCACUACUACAGGGGCAACUACAUGACCUUCAAGAAGAUGUACCAGCAGAAGCAGAAGGAGCUGCUCAAGCAGUUUGAGAAGCAGGAGAAGAAGCUGCGGGACCUCAAGGCCGGGGGCAAAUCCACCAAGCAGGCAGAGAAGCAGACGAAGGAGGCCCUGACCCGGAAGCAGCAGAAGUGUCGCCGGAAGGCGCCGGACGAGGAGGCGGCCGAGGGGACGGAGCUGCUCAAACGGCCCCGCGAGUACAUCGUGCGCUUCACCUUCCCCAACCCGCCCCCCCUGAGCCCCCCCAUCCUGGGGCUGCACGGGGUGGAUUUCGGGUACGAGGGGCAGGAGCUGCUGUUCCGCAACCUGGACUUUGGGAUCGACAUGGAAUCCCGAGUUUGCAUCGUGGGCCCCAACGGGGUCGGGAAGAGCACUUUGCUGCAGCUGCUCACGGGGGCCCUGACGCCGCUGCGGGGGCAGAUGCGCAGGAACCACCGGCUGAAGGUGGGGUUCUUUAACCAGCAGGCGGCCGAGCAGCUGCGAUUGGAGGAGACGGCGGCCGAAUUCCUGCAGAGGAGCUUCAACCUCCCCCACCAGGACGCCCGGAAGUGCCUCGGCCGCUUCGGCCUCGAGGGCCACGCCCACACCCUGCAGAUCGCCAAGCUCUCGGGCGGGCAGAAGGCCCGGGUGGUCUUUGCCGAACUGGCCUGUCGGGAGCCCGACGUGCUCAUCCUGGACGAGCCCACCAACAACCUGGACAUCGAGUCCAUCGACGCCUUGGCCGACGCCAUCAACGACUACAAGGGGGCGGUGAUCGUGGUGAGCCACGACGCUCGGCUCAUCACCGAGACCAACUGCCAGCUGUGGGUGGUGGAGGAGCAGGGCCUGAGCCAGAUCGACGGAGACUUCGACGACUACAAGCGGGAGGUGCUCGAGGCCCUCGGCGAGGUCGUCGUGCACCGGCCCCGGGAGUGACCCCGGGGGGCAACGGGGGGACCUGGAGGGGAUUCCCUGGGAAUGAAAGGAUCUGGAGGGGCUUCUCUGGGAAUCAAAGGCCCUGGAGGGGCUUCUCUGGGAAUAAAGAGAGCUGCUGGAGCAACA